AUGGUGUCGGUCGCUUUACGGAAGCCUGUUCCCAUUAGGGAGCCGGCAGCCAUGUCGGCCACGGUCGCCCCAACCGAAAGGUUAGACCUCUACGAGGACCCUUAUACUGUACUGGAACAACUACAAGAGUCGUGGAGGGAAAGACAAGAAAAGAGCUUUCAGAGCAAAGAUGAGGUGUCUGACGUGGAUAUCGGCACAGUUGACUGGCGUUCAUACGCACCACCAGCAGGAAUAAGUGAUACACAAGGAGUAGACUCAGAACUCUUACAGGAAAUCAUUACAAGCUCGAUCGAGCAGCUCCAAACCCGAUAUGAACGCGAAAAGAGAGAAGAGGCCGAGGCUGCAGAAGCACAGCGAACAGCAGAGCACGCCGCAUCUGAAGAGGCAGCGAAAUCGAAAGAGCCAUAUCUGCCUAUUAUUAUCGUCAAUGAAUCGGAGACAAAGAGGAUACCUAUUGUGCCUGAUUGUGACCCUCGUCCCCGAGAUUCGAUUCAUGAUGGCGACAUAUACGAGGACGAUUCUAUUGGGCCAUGGGAUUCCAUCAGUGUUGUAUCAGCGACGCCAGCUAAACGCCGACAUGUCUUCCAACGGCUAUUCCGAAAGCACCAUCACAAUCAAAAACUACCAGUACAAGCCGAAAGCAGCAAAGCUGGCGCCGCUAGAGAGGCACGCGAGGCCCAGGAUGCGCAAAGGCAGCUCCUAAACGACCGCCUUCGAAAAGUCAACAUCAACCUGGCCAAUCCCCAAGUUCAGCAGGCGAUUGCAGACCUUCAUAGAAAUACGUCAUUCCGGAUUCCAGAGAAACCACAGCUUGUGGAAUGUGUAUCCUGUCUGGAUGAUUUCGAAGUAAAAGAAACGAUUCGGGUCCCUUGCCACAACUACUGCAAAGAAUGUUUCGAUCGACUUAUAUCAGCGGCUUGUGAAAACGAGCAGCAGUGGCCGCCAAAGUGCUGUCUCAACGAGAUCCCGUUCCGACAAGUUUUACAGAACAUCCCUGAAGAGCUGAAAACCAAGUUUCGACAGCGUGAAUCCGAGUGGACUACUCCAGUUAGUGAGCGAGUAUAUUGUUCACGUCCUGAUUGCGGUCUGUGGAUUACGCCAGAUCAAAUUGACGGAGCACGACGCAUUGGCCGCUGCACUAACAAGCACACAACCUGUACAAUUUGCCGAGGCGUACCACACGGGUCGAACCCUUGUCCAGGGGACCAAGAUUUGAAUCUUACAAACGGACUUGCGGAGGAAGAGGGCUGGAAACGCUGUGCUCGGUGCAAGAUUCUAGUCGAACACCGUGAGGCCUGCCAGCACAUGACCUGUCUUUGUGGAUAUCAAUUUUGCUACGUAUGUACCAGGCAGUGGCGCACAUGUUCUUGUACAGUCCAGGAGCUCAACGAGCUCAAAGCCGGAGUCGAGAGACGUCGAGAAAUCCGUCGCCAACGGGAAGCAAAAGAAGCUCAGGAACUUCGUGAAGUACUAGAAGCGAUUGCAGCAUUUGAGCGAGAGGAAGAGCGGCGAGCUGAGGAAGAACGCUUGGAGCAACAAAGGCUAGAAGAGCAGCGAUGGGAACGACUUCUCGUUGAGCGUAUCAAGAAGGAGACGAUACGUCGCCGAGAAGUAGAACUCAAAUUCCAAACGCUCCGCAUCGAUAUGAGCUGCAUACAUCAGAGGCAAAAGGCAUUGGUGGCAACCGAACAAGACGAUCUGGCUGCCACAACUGUAUCUGAAGGACUUGCAAGCUUGCGAGAGAUGGAAGCCCAACAUAGUGUCGAGCGUGCCGAAAUCAAUCAGACAGUGACAGAUCGCGUCGCAAAGAAAGCUACUGAAUUGGACAAGGAGUACGGAUGUCGUUUAGCGGAAGAACGCAAAUCUGAAGAAGCAUACGAGCAAUCACUGGUAGAAUACUGGAAAGAUCACGAUGAGGAACAUUGUGACGAGCACGUUUCAGACGCUCUUCUACUCUACCGACAGCAGCUUGAUGAGUUCCACCAAGAGUGGCAGGACUGGCGUGUAUCCGAAUUGGCAGCGUAUCGCGCAAAACUGGACGACAAGAACGCAAUCCGAGAAGAGCUUAUGUACAGUGCAUUGCAUAGGCUGCGAGGUCGAAAUCGAGACAAAGACGCCGAACUGGCUCAAAGACUCGCUGCAGAAAAGAAAUGGAUCCAAGAGAUUAUAAUAGAGCGGGUGCGUUUGCUAGACGCAGCUGAAGUUGCUGAGAUGGAAGGGGACGCCGACAGCUUGUUCACACCAGAGAACAUAGAGCGGGCCGAAACAGCACAAGUAAUGGAGGCUGCUGCCGCGGCAGACGCAUCGCAGGCAACAGAAACAGUCGAGAUUACUGACAUUACUGACAAUCCUUGGGAACAAGCUGUUAGUGAUGGUGAAUCCUACGGAACUGCACCAGUCUCGUGA